CAAUCAGUGGGCGUUGGUGCAGGCGGCGACAUGCCAGCUGCGCUACAUCCGGAAGUGUUCCCCGUCGUCUGCUCUCUUGGCGCCCAGCACAGACCCAGACGGCCUGCCCGCCUACAUCCGGGGCCUGUGUGAAACCAAAGGGUUCAACAACAGCUGUUUCGACACGCUGAAGAAGGAGCUCACGGUGUGUAGUAGGGCGUACGUACAGAGACAGGUGGAGGUGGGCCAGGUCAAGGACAUCUGUCAGACGAUGGUGGAUCAGGGCGGAGUGUGUGCCAGGGAGGUGCUGCGGCCCUGCGGUGACCUCACCGUGGACACAGUGGUCAAACACAUCCCCAACAGCCUCCCGGCCAAGUGUGUCAAACAGUUGCGUCAUCAGCUGCCCUCGCUGUUGUAGUGGGACUGUUUGUUUGUUUUGUGUGUUUGUUUGAGUAAAGAGAAGCACAUCAACAGUA